AUGCCCAGCUCCGUUCCGAUAAACAAGGAUGACCCCAAAGUGGGUGGCAAGGAUGUCUGGGUGGAAGAUAGAGAGGGUGAUGCUUCGCUCGACGUGAUGGCGGUCUACAACUCGUACGAGCCCGAGUUCCGCCGUGAUGUUGAGCUGAGACUACGUCGCAAGAUCGAUACUCGAAUUCUACCUCUCGUCGUCAUUAUCUAUCUGUUCAAUUACCUGGAUCGCAAUUCCAUCACCCAGGCUCGUCUGUACGGACUCCAGGAGGAUACCGGUGUGAAAGGUGCCCAAUAUCAAACUGCAAUCUCGAUCUUCUCGGCCGGAUAUAUUCUCAUGCAACUGCCUUCUACCAUUUUGAUGACGAAACUUCGUCCAUCCAUUUACCUGCCAACAUGCAUCAUUGUUUGGGCUAUCACUAGUGGAUGCACCGCCGCCGUUCACAACACCCCUGGUCUAUUGAUGGUCCGGCUUUUCCUCGGGUUCGUGGAAGCUCCCUUCUUUCCUGGAGCUAUAUAUUUCCUUAGCUGCUGGUACACAAAGCGCGAAAUUGGUGUCAGAAUGGCUCUUCUGAUAUGUGGUAUCCUUCUCUCCAACGCCUUUGCUGGACUGAUCUCGGCGGGAAUUCUGUCUGGCAUGAACGGUGUUGGCCACUUGCAAUCAUGGAGGUGGCUCUUUAUCAUUGAAGGACUUGUUACGGUGGUUGUCGGUACCAUCGCCAUUUUUGUGUUGCCAGACUUUCCUAGCACCACCAAAUGGCUUACCUUGGAGGAAAAGGUCGUGGCUCAGGGCCGCGUAGCUGCCGACGCUGGUAGCGAUACCGUGCUGGAUGAGGAAAAAGUGCCCAUUACUCGCGGAUUGAUGUGGGCGGCGAAGGACGUUCGAACUUGGAUCUUUGCCUGCCUUCAGAUGGCUACCACUGCAUCUAUCUCAUACUCCCAUUUCUUCUCCACCCUAAUCAAGCAAUUGGGGUUCAAGAACAGCACCACCGUCUUACUUCUGACCUCGCCACCAUACCUUGUCGCAUUUUUCUGGGCUCUUUCGUGGGCAUGGGCGGCAGAUCGACGUCAAACCCGCUCAAUCCCAUCCGGAAUUUCCCAGUGCGUUGCAAUUAUUGGCACUAUUCUUUUGAUCGCCGUUGAUGGCUCGCUCUGGGCUCGUUAUGCCUUCACUUUCCUCGUUUGCUGCGGUACAUUCGGAGUUUACUCGACUACAUACGCGUGGCUUUCUUCGACAAUUACACAGCCGCCCAUCAAGCGAGCCGUCGCUAUCGGCAUUGCGAACACCUGCGCCAAUAUCGCCUCGUUGUUUGCGAACUACUUUUGGUUGGAUCAAUACGCACCAACAUACCGUCAGUCUUGGGGCUGCCUGUUGGCGUUUCAGGCACUAGGACUUUGCUGUAUUCUAACGCUUCGCUUUAUGCUCCAACGUGCAAACAAGAAGUUUGAAAGCUUGGCCAAUGAAGCCGACGUCACUGACGCGCUAUUCAUUGCGCGUUUAGAUGAGGACGAGCGCAAAGCAGUCCAGAAUGGGUUUAGAUAUAUUGUGUAA